AUGGUCCACGCAAAGCGCCUAGUUGCGCUACUACUCGCCACGACCGUCUCAGCGCAAGGACUUUUCGACAAGUCUGCUGGUGAUCUUCUCCUGACAGCAACAACAACAUCGUCAACAUCCUCUUGCGACAGGACCGUCUGCGCAGACUUCACCAAUGCCUGUGGCGUAGGUUACGGCACCUGCUAUGCCGCAUGCCCGGGCUACUCGACACCUACCAUAACACCGCCAGCCUGCAGCAAGGAAGCCCACCCUACCAUCACUGUCGCGCCCCAAAUCGCCUUCGCUGCCGACUCUCCGACCGGCUUCUCCGAGACAUCUGGGACUUGUGGGCAAUCCCUCUGCAUCGAUUACAUCAACACCUGCAACAUCAAAUAUGGCGGAUGCUUCCCAGUCUGCUCCAGCUACACGACUCCGACUUUCUUUGACCCAGGUUGUCCAAGCGUCCCGAUCGCUAGCAAGUCGUUUGUCACGGCGAUGACCAACAGUUGCGGACACAAAUGCGAUCUUUACGUUGACCAAUGCGGUCAGACGUUCGGUCCAGGCUGCUAUUCGACUUGUUCAGGUGUGGCACCGCCCAGCUACACGACGCCGUACUGCGAGACCAGUCUUGUUGUGCCAACCAGUGCGGAUAUGCCUUGGACCAGGGCUCUGUGA